CUAAGUGCCCUUGGUUAUGGCCUUUAUGAUGAAAAAGAAAAAGUAUCGUUUCAAUGUUGAAGUUCAAUUGCAAGAAUUAGAAAAUGUAACACUCGUCAAUGAGGUGCUAUUUGCUAAAAUCCGUCUAUUAGAUGGUGGUUCAUUUCAAGAAUACAGCAGCAGGGAGGAGGUACGCAAUCAUCGCGUAGAAUGGAAUCGCAGUUUCGAAUUCCCCUGCAAAAUGUCAGCAAAUGCCUCAACGGGCGUGCUGGAUCCAUGCUAUUUGCGCAUUUCGAUACGCAAAGAGAUGAAGGGUGGCCGUAGUUAUUAUAAGUUAGGUUUUAUUGAUUUAAAUCUUGCCGAAUAUGCUGGCGCUGGUUUAACCUCGCGACGAUUUUUACUCGAAGGUUAUGAUUCGAGGCAUCGUUUAGAUAAUUCCAUGUUAACUGUAUCGAUAAAAAUGUUAAUGUUAAGUGGUGACAUAUUAUUUAAGGCUCCUACACCAAAUUUAAAAAAUAAACAAAAAACACCCACAGAUGAUUUGGUCACCGGAUCAACGGGUGUUGGUCUGCAAUCGCCCACAUCGCUAACACCAACAUUACCCAGCAUUGGGGUAACAACACGUCCUGUAUCUGGUAUAAGAGAUGAUGAUUCAGAUCCACAACAUGUAAUAGCUUCCAUUGUUACGGAUUCGGGACAUUCGGAAUCAUCAGAAUCUGCCAUUACACUAACAUCAGAUGCAUUAUUUGUGCAACAAUUGCAGUUGCAACAACAACAGCAGCAUCAGCAACAACAAAACAAUCAACAACAGCAUUUGCCAUCAUCUUCCUACCCACCAUCAUCGUCAUCAUCUGUUGCAACUCUAGUUCCAGGUGUUUCACUAACGACAACAACAACAAAUGCACAACAACAAAGCUAUGGUGGCAUUGGUGGUACGGGUGGCAGUGGUGGUGGUGGUGGCGGCGGUGCUAGUAAUACUGCUGGCGUUGGUAGUGGCAGCAUAAAUGUUGGUGGCAUUGGUGUUGGUAUUAUUGGCAGCAUUAAUUGUGGCACCACAUCAUCAUCAUCGAUAGGUGGUGUGGGUGUUGGCUUAACAACAACAUCAGGUGCCACAGUUCCAGGCCUGGAAAUGGGCCAUUCAAGAAAUUCCAGUAAUACUAGUCAAAUGUCAAAAGGUUCCGGUUAUAGUAGUAUUUCGCACAGUCAGCAUUCUUGUCAAAGUUCUGAGGGCGACUCAGGGCAUGCAAGAUUCAGCAAAUCAGUUUCUCUUCUGAAUAGACUUAAUCAGAGAGCUAUGAAUGCUAUGCGCUUACAUAUACCCACUUUGAAAUAUCACAAUCCCCCGCCAGCUAUAUUGGAUAAUGAAAGUGAUGGAUCUAGUACAACUCCGAGUGGUGGUGUUGGCAGUGGUCGUCUUGGUGUCGUACCCUGUAAAGGCAUUGCUGUGAUAAAUAUCGAUGAGAAUGAUGAGUUGGCUUUCCAGACACCCAACUGUUCGGGCCGUGAAGAUUAUGCCAUGGAUGAUUUUCGUACACCCCUCAAUGAAAUGCCCUCACCACCACCCCUAUCAGCCAAUUCGGUCUAUAGUAUGAAUUAUUUGAAUACACCCUCGCCCACAUAUCGUAGCGUAAACAGCAACAGCCAAUAUGGUUCACGCGAUUCAGAUCUCAAUCAACGUGGCAGCGGUGAUAGUGAAAGUGAAACAGCCGAUGAUUCCGGAUUGGAUGAGAAUUUCCACACACCACGUGUGGCCAAAAUUAAAUCCAUGGAAAAUCUUUCCAUAUUGGAAAUGGAAUUUCAUAAAGCCUCCCAGGAAUUGGAUCGUAAUUCACCGCGACGUCUUAAGCUUUUGGCCGAUAAGGAACGCCAGCAAAUGCCCAAAAUGAAAUCGCUGAAUAAUCUCUGUUUCGAUGAUUAUUCUGAGGAACAAGUGCGGGCGGAAUUCCAACAAAUAAGGAAGCAGCGUUUGGAAGAGAAGUAUCGCUUUAACUUUCAACAUCGUAAAAGUUCCACCUCCUCAACAAAUUCGGGUAAAUUAUUUGUUAAACAUACCAAAGUGGGUAAUGCCAAAUUUAUUGGCAAUGAGUAUGACUCACCCCAACCACAGCAACAAUCACAAGGAGGCGGAACCGGAGCCGGUGGUGCCAUUAUACAUUUUCCCAUACAGAAAAUGCGUUCAAUGGGCACAAUACCAGAUGUGGUCACCGAACGUAUCGAACCAGAUCCAUUUUUAACACCAACCUCUGGUCGCAGACCCAAUUUCCCCAUGGAAACGCAAUCGGCGGAGAAGGCUGCCGCACCCUCCUAUGCUGUGGCCCGUCUACUUAACUAUGAUUGUGUAGAUGGUGCACACACGCCACAAAAUCAUCUAUCACAUAGCUCUCUAAAUGAAUUGUAUUCGCACGACCGUAUGGGUAAAUUUAUGGGAGCGGCCAGCGAUACAUCAUUUAUGUCACGGACACCCUUUGAAAGAGCCUAUCGACGAACUUUAUUGAAAAGUUCAACACCCUUUCGACAAUCAUUUGGUUUGGCCAGCAGCAGCGGCACCAACAGUGAAAUGAUGGCCGGUACGACGGAAGAUUAUACUGCAGCGGUCAGACAUUCCAAUCAUAAUGCCGGUGUUUAUGAGUUAAUGAGCAGCCGCAAUUUUAGUGGUGUACCUCGUCGUUUAUUGGAUGGCAGUAAUCGUCAAAUUUCCUCAAUUGCUGUUAAUGCAAAUAAUGCCGCAGCAGCCGCCGCUGGCAAUAAUAAUGUCCAUUUUUCCUCUUCUAACUCACCCUAUGGCACAUUGUCGAGCAUCAAAUCUAACCAUUCAUCGUCUUCGUCAUCGAAUGGUAGUCAAAGUAGCAGUAGCAGCAGUAGUAAUAAUGUCAUAACAUUUCAAUGUGCUUCAGUGGAUACGGUGGACGGUGGCGGUGGUGGUGCGGCUACUGGUUCACCUGCUGGUAGUGCAGGUGUUGGUUUUGGUUAUAACACCUCCGCUGCUGCGGCUGCCAUAACUAGUGGUAGUUGUGGUGGUGGCGGCGGUGGUGGUCACAUGCCCAACAUCUUUAAUACGAAUAGCGGCGGCAAUAGCCCACGUUUGGGUGAUGCAGCUUUAAGUUCAUUGGCUGCCAGCCCCACCGAUGCCUGUAGUAUGCGUUCAAAUCCUUCGGCUGCCUCUCUAAUGGCUGCAGGCGAAAUGACCACAACAUCAGCUACUGCCGGCAUUCCCGGUGGGGUUAUAGGCAAUAAUUCAGCUACGCUUUCGCCACUUUCCUCAGCCGGGUCGGCAACGACUACACAUCUUAUACGACGUCCCAGCGUUACUAUGAAUCCCAGUUCUGGCUCCUUAGUUAUAAGUGAAACUGGUUCAUUGGAUCGCAUGAAAAAUACCGUCAAAGGCAAGAAGGGGCCACUGGACGAUGGUCCCCGGGUCUCGGAUCGUGUGGAAGAGACAAGGGUCAAUCCGAAUUCAUUGAUUGAUGAAAUCUUGAAGGAUACAAAAUUGGAUCAAUUGGAGGCGGCGGAAACUUCUGGUUUACAAUUGUACAUAGCUAAGGAUGGCACCACCACAUUUGGCAACCAUGAGGUAAAGUCCCGUGUCUUAGCAGGGGCAUUCAAACAGGUUGUUAUGGAAAAUCCAAGAUAGUAGCAUAAAUUCCAUAUAUUUACAAAUAAUAUAUAUAUUUGUUGGACACAA